AUGCUGAUCAGAAAGGCUAAACAGCAGCUUGCUCAGAGGAAGGAACUAGGCGAGUUACUUCACGCCGUUGACUUCGAGAAAUUAAGCAUCGAGAACCAGGAUUACGCAAAGAUGCUCGAAGAAAAGAACCUGUACGUGAUAGAUAUGAAGAGGAUCGCAGGGUACUACCAUCUGAAAUUGACGCAACACAAGCAGAAACUGGGAGAUCUGUUGCGUAAAUUGAACGAGGUGAAGAGCGAAAUUAUAACGAAACAGGAUCAGAUUAAAGAGUUAAAUAUCGAGCAGCGGAUCGUUGAUGUUAAAGUGAAACGGCUGAACAAGAAAUUGCAAAAUUUAUUAAGUUUCAUGGAUAAUCAUAUCGCACCAGAUAUUUUAGAAUUCGUCCACAUACAAGUAGAAUGCGAGGAAUUAGACAAAACUUAUAAAUUACUGCAGAGACGUAGGAAUAUAGAGAAGAUAAUAUUUGAGGAAUAUAGAAAGCAGACUCAGAUCAAAAAGAAAUCUCGUAUGGACGAAGAAGCCAGGCAGAGACAGUAAGUCACGGUACAAU